UCGAGACAUGUUUAUUUACAUUCCACUUUAAGUGCGUCUACAAUUAACUUUCAUCUCGCGAGAUCUUUGGUUUGAACUUGUUCUUCGCCGGUCUCCAAUGAGUGCAGAGCGCAGCUUCUUCCCGGCUCAUCCGACGUGCGUCUGUGGGCAGAUGGGAGCAGAUGUGAGGGGGACUGCGGCUCCUCGCUAUUCUGUCUGACGGGGAUCUGCGUCGUCAGCAUGUGGUCUUUUCGGAACCGAGCGCGGGCUGUUCGGACGUGGAGACAAAACUUUUUCGCAGUUUCAGCUACUUUGCGCUGCAAAGGGGCUUCGGGAAGACAAGUGCAUCAACACAGUUUGGCACGGCUGCUAGGCUCAAACAGGCCGCUGAAAGGUUUUGAAAAAUUGUUCCCGAAGAGGAAAGAAGGAACUGGCAGCCGAACAUCAGCAGAAAAUAAAAGAAAUAGAGAGCAAGACUCACUUCGAACCAAAAGAUGCGAAGGGAAUGAUGGCAGGGGUGAAAGAGGAGGAGGAGGAGAAAAUGAGAGAUCUCAGUGGUGGAAACGAUUCAAGAAAGAUUUUCCCUUAGAUGAAAGGACUGUGCAGAACUUUGCUUUCGCCGCUGCGGGCAUGACCGCAGCCUUCUUGUACUUCCACUUCAGGGAAACUGGAGUCCAGAUCUCCUGGAAGGAUUUCGUUCUGUAUCUGAGCAAAGGCUUGGUUGGUCAUGUAGCGGUGGUCAAUAAACAGUAUGUCAAAGUGUUUCCCGCCGAUGGAGUGAACUCAUCAGAAGUGGAUUAUUUGUGGUUUAACAUUGGCAGUGUGGCCUCAUUUGAACACAAGUUGGAGAUGGUUCAGGAAGAAAUGGGUCUGGACUCCACACAGAAAGUACCCGUCCUCUACACCAGUGAAAGCGACGGGACGAUGGUUUUAAGUGUUCUCCCUACGCUCCUCCUGGCUGGCUUCUUGCUAUUUGCGACGCGACAGGGGCCCAUGGCCGGAGCCCACGGCGGCAGUUUGAAAGGAAAUCCAUUCAGCAUGAAAGCGUCUAAAGCAAAGAUAAUUAAAGACUUUGGAAAUGUUUGCUUUAGGGAUGUGGCAGGCUGUGAAGAGGCCAAACUAGAGAUCUUGGAGUUUGUGAAUUUUCUGAAAAACCCAAAUCACUACUGGGAUUUGGGAGCCAAGAUCCCAAAGGGUGCGCUGCUAUCUGGGUCCCCUGGAACCGGGAAGACGUUGCUGGCGAAGGCCACGGCAGGGGAGGCCGACGUUCCCUUCAUCACAGUCAAUGGCUCCGAGUUUCAGGAAGUUUUUGCUGGGGUGGGCCCUGCAAGGAUAAGAGACCUGUUUGCCACGGCUCGCAAGAUGGCGCCCUGCAUCGUUUUUAUCGAUGAGAUCGACGCGGUCGGCAGGAAAAGAGGCAGCGGGAGCUUUGGCUGGCAGAGCGAGCAGGAAAACACUCUGAACCAGUUGCUUGUGGAGAUGGAUGGAUUCAACAGCAGCACCAACAUUGUCGUGCUAGCAGGCACCAAUCGAGCUGAUGUCCUGGAUCCGGCUCUGAUGAGACCCGGCCGCUUUGAUCGUCACAUACAUUUGGGCCUGCCUGAUAUAAAAGGCAGAGCAUCCAUCUUUAAAGUGCACCUGAGACCUCUGAAGUUGGAGCCUUGUUUAAACCUAGAAGCUUUGUCCAGGAAGUUAGCUGCACAGACUCCGGGUUUCACGGGGGCUGAAAUUGCGAAUGUUUGUAAUGAAGCUGCGCUGAGAGCUGCACGUCACGUCAGCCAGUGCAUCAGUGCUGAGCACUUUAAGCAGGCUGUGGAGAGGGUCAUUGGAGGUCUGGAUAAAAACACUCAGCCGUUACAGCUUCUAGAAAAGACAACCGUGGCGUAUCACAGGGCUGGUCACGCCGUAGCAGGAUGGUUCCUGGAGCAUGCAGAACCGCUGCUUAAGGUUUCCAUUGCUCCUCGAGGGAGAGGUUUGGGUUAUGCACAGCAUUUGUCUAAGGAGCUGCACCUGCUGAACCAGGAUCAGCUGUUCGACAGGAUGUGUGUGAUGUUAGGAGGUCGCGUGGCCGAGCAGGUUUUUUUUCGACGAGUCAGCACCGGGUCCCGGGACGACCUCAGGAAAGUCACACAGACGGCGUACGAGCAGGUUGUUCAGUUUGGAAUGAACAAGGCUGUGGGUCACGUUUCUUUCGACCUCCACCUUCAGCAAAACGCCGUCACAGAGAAGCCCUACAGCGAGUCAGCGGCGCAGCUCAUAGAUCAGGAGGUCCGCUCGCUUGUAGACGUCGCCUUCCAGCGAACGCUCCAGCUUGUUGUCGACAAGAAGGAGAUGGUGGAAAAGGUGGCGAAGCAUCUGCUAGAAAAAGAGAUUCUGGACAGAACGGACAUGCUGGAGCUUCUGGGACCUCGACCUUUUCAAGAGAACGGCUCGUAUGAGGAGCUGUGUGAAGCGUUGGAAUUUGAAGAGGAAAAACUCCACAGCCUGAAGGACUAAAGUGUGGAGAGGAUGAUAAACAGAACGAGUCAACUUUUCACACGCUUCAUUAGCAAAUUUACCGCACCUUUCAGAAAUAUUAAUAUCCCCUGAACUUAACGUUUUGUCACAUUACAACCACAUCCAUCCAUCCAUGUUUGGUGGGGAUUUAUGUUGUACGCCAGUACAAAGCAAGGGAGUUCUCUUUUUUCUUUUUUACAAAUCUCCUAAAAGGGCUGAUGUUUUCACCGAGACUCAGAAUUUUCUAGAACCAAAUGUACAUGAAAUAUUUGCCAUGUUUGAAAAAUAUCUCAGUUUCUAUGGAAGAGUGGAUGUGUAAUACUCAGAUCUUCUGAUAGACUGCUAAAUUGAAUAUGAUCUGCCUUUGAUUAGCUCAUGACUCUGCUUUGAUCUAAACCAUUUGAUCUGAAUCAUUCCAUUCAGCCUCCAGCAGGUUUUCUUCCAUGGUUACCCUGGAUUUAGCCUCAUCCAUCCCCCAUCAACUCUAACCAGCUGCUUCUGCUGAGAAUUACACCUGCACUUUCUCUCAUUAGUUUUCAACAAUGUCCUCUGCAUGAAGCUGCACCCUGAACGUCACUGAGUUUCUUUUCACAGAAAACUCUUGGACAGGUUGCAGUGUAAUACUCUUUUUAUUUUCAGAUACUGGGUUUCUGUGACAUGUUUGUAGCUUAACACACUGUUUGAUAUUCUAACAGCGCUUUAGCCUUCUCCACUACUUUCCCCCAGUUCUGUCUGCUCUAUUUCUUGGUCUUCCUGAUGCUGUUUUUUUCCAUUAAUGCUAGUGAUCUCUGAAGCCUCCAUGAAAUAGCUGCAGUUUUAUAGAUAUUAAAUAAUCUCUUAUUUUCAAUGGAUUAUUUAGCGUUAUCAGUGAACACAAAUGCAUGUCACACGUUUUAGAAACUAUAAAUUUUUUUUUUCCCCCACUCAAUAAUUUAAAUUCACUACUUUGUGCUGGUACAACAUGUAAUAUUCCAAUAAAGAUGAAUUUGUGGCUGUAGCCUGACAAAUUCAGCGCGUGUGCAGACUCUCUGUGCACCGUAAUGCCCAUUAACCCAGUUUUCACUCAUUGUAAAAUUUACUGUAUGGACAAAUGAAAGAAGUCAUUACUGUAACUUGAUCAUCUCUUUCAUGAAAUAUAGACAAAUUCAUAUCCUUUACCCCAUUUUUUUUUAUCAGGAAGUACAUUGGAAAUUAGGAUUUUAGAUUUGUUUUGUUUCAUGAUGUUAAAAAAUGUCGUCGAUGCUUUCCAUAACUUUAAAGUCAGACAGACGUUUUAGACGCAAAUACUUCUUUAACCAUCUGUGUGAGCAAGACAAGUUCUUUUAAUUCAUGGAGACAAAAUCACCUUAUGACUUUAUAUUGUUUGUAAAUGACAUUAGCUCAAUGUUAAUAUUUUCUGUUCCUGUGCAGAACAAAUAGGUUUAUAAAAUUUGCUCAAAAUUUGCUGAAUACAACACUUUUUCUAAUGUUUUUUUAUUAUUAGAAAUGAGAAUGUAUGACAUCCAUAAUUGUUAUUUGCAGAAACUGAGGCCAGCAUAUAUUCUGUCUCAGUAGUUUUAAAACAUUAUUGUCAUAGAAAUUGAUUUACAUUUUUUUUAAUUUAUCCUGUGGGUAAACCUGUUGCAGACACCAGAAUAACUUUAAAUUGGCUUCUCUUUGCAUUGAUACUGAUUUUAUAAAUUUGAAUUUACAUUUAUAAAAUCUCCAACAAAAAAGAAAGGUGUUUGCUGGACAUGAAAAUGACGAUACAAAACGUAAAAGGAGCCACAAUUUUAUUGAAUCCUCAACCGUCCUCUAGCAUCACAUUUGAUCCACUGUGCCACAGCAUUCACAGUCAUUGACACUCCUCCUGCAGGCAGCCUGAACAUGUCACAAACCAAGCAAUCUGUUAUCCACUCACUGACAGUAAAGAAAUAUCUUGAGUUAAUUUUACUAUUAAAACAAAUGUUGGCACUUUGUUGCGUUUUUUUUAUAUUUUUGGCAUCCACACAAAUCAUGAUCUUUGCUUUAAAUUUAUUUUCAUUUCAAGUUCUGCUCAUCUGCAUCCUGGCAGCAUCGACUGUGGCAGCCACACAUUUUUCUAAGGGUUGGAGGUUGGAGAGAGGGGAUUUAUAGCAAAGAAAUAAAAAGAAAUGUGAGUAUGGAACAAAUUAUUGCAAGCUGCUGCUAGUCGGUGUAUUUACUUGACUUUACUUGUCUACACCACCUACUAUCCUGCAGGGGGCGCUGGCUAUACAAUUUAGAGAAAGAAGUGCAACUUUUUUAUUCAGGCUUUUCGCAUUCCAACACACAUUUAUUUUAAUAAUGAAGAUAUUAUCCCACAUCUUAAGGCUACUUUUGCUAACGUCAUAGGCAGCAGGAACCCCUGACGCAUUAAUAAGAAACACAGUAAGUCUCAAUAAGCGCCCGGAUUUUUUAAUUUAUGUUUCAUCUAACCUCUCGAGAUCUGCCAUCACUGUGGCUUUAACUUUUGCUGCCAAUCUCAUAAUGUUGGCCCACCCUGAGGUGCUGUAAGGACAAAGGUGCUGAUACUCUGUUGACCUCAUACCCUGUCUAUCUAAAAAAAA